AUGCCCGUCCCUCUGGCAUUCAACGACAAUGUCGGCGAGACAAUUCCCGCAGACACGCCUCACGCCGUCAGUGUGUCGCUACCAACAUGGGCCGCCAAUGUAGGCUACGAAGAGGGCCAGAAGUGGGUCAUGGACAAGAUGAAGUGUGGCUACCCACGCUUCUUUAUUCACAAGAGCAUCGAACGCCUUGCCACUGAAGUCGUCAACCGCCAUGGCAACCCUUGCCAAAAGGCCAUGCUAUUCCCUACUCACAAAGCCGCGAACCGCUUGCUCGAGUUCAUGCACCGCAUGGCCCCCGAAUCCCAAGGCACCGCUCGCAUCAUCGACUUCGUACCGAACCCCAAGACCGAGUCACACGACGAAUCACAACACGUCCUGCCCCGCUUGUCCGCUGUCUUAUACCCCGCCGAGCUUUGGCCUGUCGCAAAACAAGUCUGGCAACACAGUGGAGACGGUGUCUCCAGCAGAAGAGCCGAGUUUGCCGAGAAGCACCUUCUCGACGGUACCAUGGUCGACAAGGCCUCCAUCUACGAUAAACCACGCAAGGGCCCUCGCAGAUACCAGCGACAGAUGUCAAUCGACACUCCUCACCAAUCUCCCACCUCGGAAAAGGAUGAUAAGGACAGCACAGAUCCCUUCGCCUUCGUCGAAGAGCGUUUCGGUCGCAACUUGAACGUCCAAUUCGCCCAGCAAGCAAAGCUCGCCAUUCGUCGUCGCAUUGCCGGUUCCUUGACUUCAGACGCUGACCUAAAGGAAGCCCUGAAGCACCCUGAAGAUGUCGAACGUACGAGAAGUGCCGAAGGUUUCUCGGUAGACGACGUCUUCCUCUAUCCUACCGGUAUGAGUGCUAUCUUCAACACCCACCGCACUAUGCUGGCAAUCCGCCGCAAGAACAAGAGCAUCAGCUACGGUUUCCCCUAUGUCGACACCUUGAAGAUCCUGGAAAAGUGGGGCCCUGGAGCUCUAUUCUACGGAAACGGCGACCAAGAAGAUCUGGAUGACUUGGAGAAACGUCUCGAGGCUGGAGAGCGCUUUGUCGGCUUCUUCUGCGAAUUUCCUGGCAACCCUUUGCUGAAGUGUCCCAAUCUGCAACGCGUCCGUCAAUUGGCCGACAAGUACGACUUUGCCGUUGUGGUCGACGAGACAAUCGGAAACUUCUUGAAUGUUCACGUGUUGCCUUACGCCGACGUGGUGGUGAGCAGUUUGACCAAGGUCUUUUCCGGUGACAGCAAUGUCAUGGGAGGAUCGGCCAUUCUCAACCCCGCAAGCCGCUACUACGAUACUCUGAAGAAGUUUAUGGCUCAAGAUUACGAAGACAACUUCUUCGAAGAAGACGCCAUGUUCCUGGAGCGCAACAGCAGAGACUUUGUCUCCCGUAUUGCUCGAAUCAACACCAACGCCGAAUUCAUCUGUGACAUGUUGAUUGAGCACCCUCGUAUCAAGCAAGUAAAUUACCCAAAACAUUCACCGACCAGGAAGUAUUACGAUGCCUGCAGGUUGCCCAACGGCGGCUACGGUGGUCUGCUCUCUGCAACUUUCUACUCUAUGGACGACGCAAUUGUCUUCUAUGACAAUAUUGACACAGCGAAAGGUCCCUCAUUGGGAACGAACUUCACCUUGACUUCACCCUAUGCGUUAUUGGCACACUACACGGAGCUGCCUUGGGCCGCGACCUUUGGUGUCGAAGCAAACCUGAUUCGUUUCAGUGUCGGGCUCGAGGACACGGAGACCCUCAGAAAGGUCUUCCAGACAGCGCUUGACGCCAUACCUCAAAGCGAGCCGAAUGGAAACGGAGACAAAGCAUGA